UACAAUUGAACACGGCACACUGGCGUUCAUGGCGGGUUUUUUCUAGUGUGUGGAGAACCAGUGGUACAUAUAUGCGGCUAUAUGCUGCUACACAGCAAGAGGGACAAAGUAAGGCGGGUGCAUUUUACCGUGACUGGCAAGAAAGUAUUUGUGUUGUUGAUGCCACCGGCAAGCUGGAAGAAUAACACUGUGUUAAGUUAUCGAGCGCGCGAGCCGUCGCUAGUAUUCCGCCAGUUCGUCGGUUAAGUUACCUAACCCAUGGGCUUAUUAGCUCGGCAAUCUAACAGUAUCAGGCAUUGAUGGAUCCUCGGUAAACGGACGUAUAUUAUAGUGGUUGAGCCGUCAACCGCCGUACCACUGUGAAUUCCCUUUGUCGAGCAGACAGCUUCUUCCCUGUCUUGUUUUUCCCAGGGAGGCAAUCCUGCUUGAAAGUCCAGCCACGCCUUUUUUAUUUGCUACGUGUUGGUUCGAUAGAGCGCAUCUCGCGUAUAUAUAUGUUUGUGCGGCGCGCGCGCCAGCGGAUUGAGUAAUCCUGCGCUUGCCGGGUGCUCGGGCCGAAACCACGUUGGAUGGGAGAGGAGAAGAUGGAUCUAUAUAUGCCGAAUACAGCAUGCGUAUGAUGAUUUGCCCAUGUUGUGCUGGCUAUUGAUCCUGAAUACCAUUAAUUGCACUGCAUGGGGUUGUAAGAAGGAAUUCAUUCCCGAGCAUUUGUUCUAAUGGGAUUGUGCAGGCCGAGGACAGCCGUCAUAUACCCGGGCCCAUCAAACGGAUAUUGUGAUUCUUGAUAAAAUUUGUACCUCGCAAUUGACUGCCUGAAAAGCAACCUGACGCUCAAAUUUGUGGAAAAAAUGGACGAUAUGCAGAGGCGGCUUCCGUCCAGCGCCGGUCUGCAUGCCGGCUGCUUGACAAUUUUUUCCAAAUUUAUAACUCUCCUGCUGUUGUUUCUCAUUUCGUCUGGCACUUCUGUGAGAGCCGUGACGACGCCUCCCUAUAUGGUACGGGAGCCACCUCAUGAACUUUUAUAUAAAUUAUCAAAUCCAAAUCAAGAAGACAGGCCAAUAGUGUUGGACUGUGAAGCGAAUGGCGAUCCUAUACCUGAAUACAAAUGGACCAAAAACGGACAGGAAUUUUCGGUAUCGGGUAGCGAUGAUCGUAUAGCACAAGAGCCGGGAAAAGGCACUUUGACAAUACAUCGACCAAAGGAUAUCGACGAGGGAUUGUACCAGUGCCGGGCUGAGAAUUCCUAUGGAAUAUCACUGUCAAAUGCUGUUUAUCUACGACGUGCAGGAUUGGAUACGUUUCGAAGCGGCGACAUUGCAGAGGAAGUCGUGGUAGAGGAAGGUCAAGCUCUGACGAUUAAAUGUAACCCACCAACCGGAAUACCCCGCCCUAAUGUUUUUUGGAUACUACAAAACCCGAGUGGGGCCAUGACGACCGUGAACGGCAGUCGUAUAUCAGUUGAUCCGGAAGGCGAUCUACAUUUCUCGAAUGUGACCCUUCAGGACGCCAGCGGUGACGAUACCUAUGCUUGCUCAGCUUUUUCUCCUUUUUUACACGAAUAUAAAACCGGCGAACUGAAAAAACUUAUUGUAAAGCCAUCGGGAUCAGCUGCGCCAAAUAAAGUCUCCCCCGUCUGUCAGUACACAUCACCCAAGCAUGUGACGGGAAUGCUGGGUCGAUCCAUCGACAUUUCAUGCAUUUAUGGUGGAACACCACUGCCACAGAUUCGAUGGGAACGGGAAAAUGCUCCACUACCGCACAAACGACACUUUCUCACUGAUUUCGGGAAAGUGCUUAGAAUAAAGGAUCUCAAAUUCGAAGAUCAGGGCACAUACAAAUGCAUUGCUUCCAACGGGAUAGGUCAAAUUGGCAGCCAUGCGUUCACAUUAACCAUUGAAUCUCAACCGUACUGGAUUGUUGCACCCGAGCGGGUUACCAAGGCCGAAGACGAAAACCAUGAAUUUUCAUGCAUGGCAGGAGGCAUCCCGGAACCCAGAAUCCAAUGGUUCGUCAACGGAACGCCCAUUGAAAAUGUAGCACGGGCAGCCAAUCGAGUAAUCAAUGGGAAUAACAUAACGCUAACCCAUGUCCAGAAGGAUGUCGAUACGGAUAACUAUCAAUGUAACGCCAGUAAUGCCCACGGAUAUAUCUUUGCCGAUGUUUUCAUAAACGUCAUGGCCAUCGAGGCUUCCAUAACUGAGACCCCCGCUGCACUCUCGGAAGCCGUGGAAGGCGCACUGGCCACUAUUACUUGUCGGACGUACGGUGCGCCGCAGCCGACUGUCAUCUGGGAAAAGGAUGGACAGAUUGUCAAUGCCCAACCCGGCAUAGGAUCGCGCUACGAGAUUAAAAGAAACGGAGACCUGCUUAUCAAUGGUAGCGACUUUGCCGACAGUGGAAAUUACACUUGCGAAGCGAGAAAUCGCCUCGGCUGGCAACGCGCUUCCGGCCGGCUUGACAUUAAGAGGAAAACAAAAAUAACGGCGCCUCCGGAAGAUAUCGAACGGAAUGCCGGUGAUUCAGCGACAUUCCGCUGCUCGGCCAGCAGCGAUCCCAAUCUGGAAGUGCAGAUCGAGUGGGCACGCGAUGACGAAGCAAUUAAGCCCAGCGAGAGUGGCCGCAUAUUCCAGAGCAAUGACAACAGCCUGACCAUAUCCCAUACUCAAGAGGUCGAUUCUGGAAUAUAUAAAUGUAUUGCACGGACGCGUUUAGACCGCGUGGAAGCCACGGCGUCGCUGGUAGUCCGUGAUGUGCCCAAUCCGCCAAUUAACGUCAAAGUUCAAUGUGAACAUCGUACCGCAAUUGUCUCAUGGGGAAACAAUGGAGAUAACCGUGAUCCAACUUUUGAAUACAUAAUCGAAUACAGUACAUCGUUUGAGCCCGGUGCCUGGAAUGAACUCAAAGACAAAAUUCCUCCUGGUGAUUUAUCUCAAUCAAUAGAGCUCAGUCCGUAAGUUUAUUCGCUUCGCAUUCUAUGCAACAAUUUCCACACAAUAAUAAAUGUCCCAUUCAUGUCCGCUCCAAGCCAAGAGGUCUGCACUACGCCGCCGGAUAUACCGUACAAGAAUCCCGAUAAUGUCCAGGGCAGAGGGGAUAAUCCGAGUAAUCUUGUCAUCUCGUGGACGCCCAUGCCGCAAAUUGACCACAAUGGUCCGGGAUUUUAUUAUGAAGUGAAGUAUAUCAGAGCCGAUCCCGAUCCAAAUGCCCAGCGGAUAGAGGACAGUAUCCCCAUUAAAGACUGGCGUCAGAGUAGUGUGACCAUCACCAAUCAACCGACGUAUGUGCCUUACGAUGUGCGGGUAAUUGCCAAUAAUGAUCUCGGCCGCUCUCGGGCGGCGGAUGGGGCGCCAAUUCGGGGCUUUUCCGGCGAGGAUCGGCCUACGACGGCUCCGGGCAAGCCCCAAGCGAAUAAGCUCGUCGACGGCCGAACUGCGGAAAUUUCGUGGCCACCGGUUCCGGCUGACUCCAUUAAAGGAGAUUUUAAGGGCUAUAAGGUUCAAGUAACUCCGACAGGAGAAACAACGCCUAGGGAGAUACGCGUUGGACCAAAUGCAUCCUCGGCGGUUGUGGAUAUACUGAAGCCAGCCAGCGCAAACACCAUUCGGGUACUGCCAUACAAUGGACAAUACGAUGGUCCUGCUAGCGAUGAGCUCGUUAUUGAAACCGAAUCCAUGCCCCCGGGCCGACCGGGCGAUUUCAAAGCGUAUCCCAUGGGACGUGGCGCCAUCUUUCUCGAAUGGAAGGAGCCCACUGAGCCCAACGGCCGACUCACGCAUUACGAGAUCGAGUCCCGCACUGUGGAAGGACUGGCCGUUUCAGAUCCCAUCAGGGAGGCACAGAAUGUCCCGCUCAGUGUCAACAAUCUGAAAUUAUCGGGAUUGACACCUGACACCAAGUACCGGAUUUAUCUGCAUGCCGUUAAUGAUAAGGGGCGCGGCGAGGCCGGUAUUGUGGAAGCGGCUACCGACUCCAAUCGGACGAGUGAAGCGUUGGCGCUCCUCCCACCGCCCGGCACACCGGAGUAUCUAGUAGCCGGAAAAACCAAUGAUUCCCUGAUUAUUGCCUGGCAGCCACAGGCGGCCGCCGAAGGAGGUCACCGCACAGGAGAAUACUUUUACGUGCAGUAUAAACGUGCAGGUGACGGGGAAUGGAAAUCAACCGGGCCCGUAAUGGAUAGUUUGCAAACGGAAAUACAUCCUCUGGAGCCUGGAACGACCUAUGACAUCCGGGUUGUGGCGGUGGAAGGCAACCAAGAGACACCGGGACCGAUUAGACAAGAAAAUACACUGGGCGUUCGAGAAGGCGACAUGGCUCCUGGCGCAUACGCAAUCCUGCGCAGUGGAUGGGUUAUUGCCGCGAUCAUCAUUGCAGCGAUUAUUGUGCUCAUUUUCCUGAUCGUAUGCUGUUACUACUGCUGCAGGAAGAAACGCGGGGGAAAAUACGCGGUUAACGAAGGUGACCGUGAGCGAGGAAAGCAGAUGCCUUAUGAGUAUCAAAAAGCUCCCACAUUACCGGCUGCUUCGAAUAAUCUUCCUAAAGUCCGACCCGGUGACGGUCCUAUAAACGGAGAUGAGAGCGCCUCCAUUAUCAGUAAAGAAGUUGAAGGUAGCGAAGCCGACAGCAUGGAGGAAUACGCUGAACCCAAUGAUCCAAAAAUGUUCUCCGAGGAUGGCUCCUGGAUUGGCCAGUAUGCCUCGACGACAGUACGGUCAAACGAUGCGGUUGUCACUACGAGCGUAAAUCCGCCUUCCGGUUCAACGUUCGUCUGAUCGGCGCUGUGCGCCCUCCGACACGCCGCACUCAGCGAUCCCGGUUGUACAAUUGUUCCCAAAAUGCUGGACUGCCUAGUCUGAAUCUCUAAUUUUAUAUUCAGCCAGAAUGCGUUUAUUAACUCCGGAGAUCCGUCUCCUGUGUGCCGCAAUCUCUCUCGUUCGAAUCUGAUAGUUUCGCUGAAUCUUCCUGUUAUAUUUGGACUCUUUUUGUGAUUUCGAAGCAGAACAAGUUCUUUUCUACCAAGAAUCUUCUUGGUAAUUCGGAACAUUCCAUAUUCAUUAAUGUAGGACAAUGAAGAUUUAUUUGGUUUGAUUGUCAUGCAUUUUUCCUCCUCAACGGAUUAUCUCUCUGGACACAACGGCAUAACUGACUACUGCCUCUUCCCGGUCUUGAAAAGUGGUUUUAUUUCUGGAAUUUUCAUUUUUAUAUACCUGGACCUUGCCUGAAGUAACGCCAACGUUUUGGGGAAUUUUUUCUACCCUUUGACCUGCAACUCUUCAGAUGAUUUCCUUCUGGUUUGCAUUUUUUGUUGUUUAAUUAAUUAAUAAUACGUGUUCUCUUUGAGCGUGUUGUCGUUGUCUUUGUACCUCGUGGGAGUGGACUCUUUAUGAAGUAUGCGGCAUACGUCAUGGUAAAUUUGGAACUCAAUGAUGUUUUUACUGAGGAAUUAUUUUUCAUGUGCUAGUGCCGAUGCAUACGAGUAGAUAGACAGACGUCUAAGAUGUUUAGUGUCUACCUUGAGUUAUUGUUUUAUUUGUUUUGACGAGUUUAAUAAAGUCGUGCGC